GGGGCCGGAAGAUGGGGUUUUGGCAGCGGCGCCCUAGCGGCUCGUGGCCUGGGUAGGCAGGGGGAGGGGAACGGGUGGUUGCUCGCCACCGGCAGCCGCGGGUCAUGUGACCGGAAGGGCUCCUGACGGACGCCGUCCCUCCUCGGCGCGGCCUGAGCGCCCGGCCCGACCCCGGCCAUGGGGUGCUGCUACAGCAGCGAAAAUGAGGACUCGGACCAGGACCGAGAAGAGCGAAAGCUGUUGCUGGACCCUGGUAGUCCCCCAACCAAAGCCCUCAAUGGAGCUGAGCCCAACUACCAUAGCCUGCCUUCCACUCGCACAGAUGAGCAGGCCCUGCUCUCCUCCAUCCUUGCCAAAACAGCCAGCAACAUCAUUGAUGUGUCUGCUGCUGACUCCCAGGGCAUGGAGCAGCAUGAGUACAUGGACCGGGCAAGGCAGUAUAGCACCCGCUUGGCUGUUUUAAGCAGCAGCCUGACCCAUUGGAAGAAGCUGCCACCGCUGCCAUCUCUUACCAGCCAGCCCCACCAAGUGCUGGCCAGUGAACCCAUCCCCUUCUCUGACUUGCAGCAGGUCUCCAGGAUAGCUGCUUAUGCCUACAGUGCACUUUCUCAGAUCCGCGUGGAUGCAAAAGAGGAGCUGGUUGUACAGUUUGGGAUCCCGUGAAGAGAGGGGUCCUUGGACAGCUCUUCUGUCUUUACCCCUGUCUCCACCCCACCUCUCCUGGCUCCCAGCCUCACUGCGGCUUAUACAGUACCCUAACCUACUACUAAUCACGGAGAAGAUGUGGAGAAGAGCGAAGCUAGAAGCCUAGCAAGUGAGGAUGGAGCAAGGGAGGGUAGAACCAUUUGGGAUUGGCCUUCAAAGCCCUAGCCAGGGUUGGAUGGGGGCCAAGAAGACAGGGCCUGGUAGGUCUUCACAGUCGUUGGGAAGGUGGAGAUACCACAUGGGGGUGAACUCCAGAGGACCUAGGGGGAUCCCCCCUUUCACCCUUUCUCUUGGCCUCAGAUUCACUCCUGUCCCCCUCUCCCUGAUUUGGUGCUCAUAGGCACCUCACUAGGGUUUGUGACCAGGGUCUAGAUGAGUUUGAAUUAACUGAGUUGAGUUUGCAUUUCUAGCACCCUGGGUUUUUACAUGUUUGGUCUUUGUUUCUGUUUGUCACCCUCGAUAAAGAAAAUAUAUUCAUUUGUGUGCUGGUUCA